AUUCUCAAUUUCUCAAUAGGUGUAUGCAAGAAGAAGAUGGCUAUGCCGCCGAGAACUCGUUCGGGGCGGACGACGCCGCUCCAUGAUUCCGACCCGCGCCUUUCCGAGUCCGACAGGAUCGACGGCGCCGGUAGUUGGGAUGCAAUUGAGUGGACCAAAGUUGAUCCGGUUUCAAGGUCUAUUCCCCAAGGGCUGCAGCAGUUCUUGCUUGAAGCCGAGCAAGUCAUAGUUGAGGGAUAUGGCGUUGUUCUUGUGAAUACUGAUGAGGCCGGAACAUUGUUCGUUACAAACUAUCGUCUUCUUUUUUUGAGCGAUGGAUCUAGAAGUAUUAUAGGCCUAGGCACUAUACCGCUGGCAACAAUUGAGAAGUUCAGCAAAAUUACUGUGAAGCUUCCAUCAGCCCCCAGACAGGUCGAUAAAAAUCCAUCUCAGCGGUUGCUUCAGGUCAUUGGCAAAGAUAUGAGAAUUAUUGUCUUUGGCUUUCGACCACGGACAAAACAGAGGCGUGGUGUAUACGAUGCACUAGUAAGGUGCAGUAGGCCAGCUAGACUUUGGGAUCUCUAUGCGUUUGUUCCCGGCCCAUCAAAAUCCAGCAGUAACACAAACCCUAAAGUUCGGCUAUUGAAUGAGUAUUUUCGACUUCUCGGAUUAGGCUCGUAUCAGGCUUCUUCUAGAAUAGUCGAGGAUGGCUCGUACACAUUGGCUAAUGACUGGUGGAGAAUAAGUAGUAUUAAUUCUAAUUACGCAAUGUGCCCUACUUAUCCUUUUGCGUUGCUUAUUCCAAACACCAUCAGUGAUGCAGAAAUACAGCAGGCUUGUUCUUUUCGUGCACGGUGUAGGUUGCCUGCAAUAUCCUGGUGUCAUCCACGGACGGGAGCUGUUCUUGCACGUUCUUCGCAACCGAUGGUUGGCCUGAUGAUGAAUAUGAGAAGCAAUGUUGAUGAGAAACUAGUUGCUGCUCUCUGGACGCAAGUUGUUGGAAUUCGGGAACGGAGGAGGAAGCUAUAUAUCGCCGAUGCAAGACCUAGGAAAAAUGCUUUAGCAAAUGGAGCAAUGGGAGGUGGAUCAGAGUCGUCAGCAAAUUAUUCACAAUCCGAGAUUGUAUUCUUUGGAAUAGACAACAUACACGCUAUGAGAGAGAGUCUCGCUCGGCUUAGAGACUAUGUAGAUACUCACGGCGCCAUUUCAUCUGAUGGGAUGUCUUCAUACCUGAGGCAUGGUGGAUGGACUUGGGGAGGAGGAAAUCUGAGUAGUAUGUCGGCUUCUGUCUCGACUCUUGGAGACAGUGGUUGGUUGUCACAUGUACAAAGUGUUUUGGCUGGUUCAGCUUGGAUUGCUGCUCGUGUGGCUCUUGAAUCAGCUUCAGUGCUUGUUCAUUGUAGUGACGGAUGGGAUAGAACAACUCAGUUGGUCUCUCUUGCAAGUUUGUUGCUCGAUCCAUAUUACCGAACGAUCAAAGGAUUCCAGGCACUAGUGGAAAAAGACUGGCUUGCAUUUGGCCAUCCGUUUUCCGAUCGGUUGGGAAUACCAACAGUAUCAGGAAGUGACAGUCUUCCCUGUGAAUUUUCAAGACAGUCUUCUACGGGGAGUAUGUCACCCGUGCGACAAACAUCCACCUCAUCCGCAUCUCAAUCCACAUCUUCGCAUGCACAAAACAAUUCCUCACCCAUCUUUUUGCAGUGGAUUGAUUGUGUUUCACAGCUGUUACGAAUGUAUCCUUUCGCCUUCGAGUUCUCCUCGGUUUUCCUCGUGGAUUUAAUCGAUUCCAUGCUUUCUUGCCGUUUUGGAAAUUUCUUCUGCAACAGUGAGAAAGAAAGACAACAAGCUGGUGUUUACGACGCAUGUGGAUGCCUGUGGAUGUAUUUAGCUGAUUUGCGGGUUUCAGACGGAAGGUCCCACGUGCACUAUAACCACUUCUACGAUCCAUCAAAGUUCCAAGGUCCGUUGUUGCCUCCUGCCGCAGCAUUAGCCCCGACACUUUGGCCUCAGUUCCACCUUCGAUGGGCUUGUCCAGCAGAAGCCCAAGCCGGGGAGAUUGAAGCACAAUGUAGGGACAUGGCUAAAAAAAUCUCAGAAUUGCAGAAGGCAAAAGAUUUAGCUGAGGCGAAAGUUAGAGAAUCGGCAGCUACGAUAGAGUCUCUAACAGACGAUUUACGAAACGAAAAGAUCAGCAGCAGCUCGGCAAAGGAUUGGGGCAAGAGAUCGAAAAAGGAAACCGAAGCUAUAAAGCGCGCAAUCCAAUCACUCGGGUGCAAAGUCCACUUCUCCGAAGAUGGUGACUGCUUCGUGGGCAUCGAAAACAACCCAACAGAAAUCCCUCAAAAAUUGCCCUUUUCGGUUUCCGAGAUGCACGACCAGAAUCCAGACGCUUCCGCCCGUGCUGACGUGGCGGACGACGAUUACGACAGUCCCAUAAGCCGUGUCUGCGAAUCUUUAUGCCCUUUGCGCACGAGAGAUGGAGGGUGCAGAUGGCCGGAAGCUGGUUGUGCUCAAUUCGGAAGUCAGUUUGUCGGUUUGAAGGCUAAUUUCGACGCGUUUGAGACACUCUCUAUAUAUGACAGCUAUUUUGAGUCGCAAUAGAAGCUUCCGAUUUUUUUGAACUAACAAAUACUUGAAUAAAUUGAAGAGAGAGAAAGGAAAAAAAAAUCAAUAUGGGGCCCACAUAUUCGACAUGGGUUUUUGGGAGAGUAGGGUAUUAUUUAUUAUACAUGGUGAAAAUAGAGAGAGUUGCUUUUGUUGGUCAGGCGGAGAUAGGGAGGUAGAAGUUACAUUGUUCUCUGAAUUAAACGAAACUAUAAAAAGACUGACGAUGAGGUUACAUAAUAGCGUGUAAUGAUUGUUGUAUAGAUUCUUGAUUUUUUAGUGUUUAGCUAAAGAUCGAUUGUUGUGUUUUUUAGACGAAUAAAUUCUCCAUUGUUAACUCUCAUUCUUGAUUUAAUAAACUUGAAGUUCUGGGAUUA